GCCGUGCCCCUGAGGGGCCGCUCGCCCCCCGCCGCAGCCCCCAACGCCCCCGGCGCAGCCAGAAGGCGGUGAUGGAGCAAGCUUCCCCAAAAUCAGCUAUUGCACAAAAUGGAUCACAUGAGUUUCUCUGAGAAGCCCACAAAGCCCUGCUGUCAGCUCCAGAUAUGGUAUAAAUCACAGAGACGUCCCAACAGGUAUAAAUUCUUCAACUGACCAAGCUGCAGCAACAGGGAAACUUCUCAGCCUGGCAGGAACAGAGAUUUGGAUCCCAGGCAGCAAAACAGCUCUGACCCUCAGGCAGAGCCUUGGCUGAGCCAUGACCGAGGAGCCCGGGCAGAAGGACAGCGAGCUCGGACACCUCCCCUGCAGCAUGGGCUGCGGGCACAAGGACGACAAAGCCGGCCUGGCUUUGAGCCAGAGCGCGUCCUUCAGCCACCAGCCGCCCUCCACUCCUGCCUCCAAGGAAGUGUGGAAGAAGGGUGGCCGCAUGUUCUCCAUCCUGCUGGCCGUGCACCUGGCCCUGCUGGCCUGCACGCUGGUGAGCAGCGGCGCUUUCGAGAAGAUCGCCGUGCACGACUACGACGUCUUCUUCCUGCUGACAGUCAUGAUGCUGAUUGUCAUCAUCUGGAUCAUCUUCUACCUCGCCGGCACCUCCCGGUGCCCCGGUGCCAUCCUGGGCAAGGACUCCCACGCCGGGCCCAUCUGGCUGAGAGGAGGCCUGAUCCUAUUUGCCAUUUUCAGCCUUGUCAUGGAUGUGUUCAAAAUAGGAUAUUACUCGAGCUUCUACAGCUGCCUGUCUGCAAUCAAAAUCAUCUACCCCAUUGUGCAGGCAAUAUUUGUGGUGGUCCAGACAUAUUUCCUGUGGGUCUCUGCCAAAGACUGCAUCCACGUGCACCUGAACGUUACCAGAUGUGGCUUGAUGCUGACGCUGACUACAAACCUGGCUGUGUGGAUGUCAGCAGUGACAGAUGAGUCUGUCCACAAGGCACAUUCAAAGCUGAAGAAAAACAUGACAGAGGAAAUCUUCAGGUGGCUCCUGAAAGUGGGAAUGAGAAGCAGCUCAGUUGAAGAAUGCAAUUGCAACAGCCAAAUCUGCCAGAUCUUCAAAAAUGGCUACUUUUGGCUGUACCCUUUUAACAUUGAGUACAGUCUCUUUGCCUCUGCCAUGGUCUAUGUCAUGUGGAAGAACGUUGGACGCUUCAUAGACCACCACUCCCACCACAUUCAGCGCCUGAAGUUCAGGCUCUUCCGAAGGACCUUCUUUGUAGGCAUCAUGUUGGGCCUCAUCAUCCUCGUGAGUGGUUUGGGAGUCCUCAUCCUGUACGAGGUGCAGGUAAAUUCCAGCACUGAAUCCAGCAAGAAGAGCCAAGCACUCACCAUGUACUACAUCUUCAACAUUGUUUGUCUGAGCCUGAUGUCUCUUGUCUGCAUCGGCGGCUCCGUCAUCUACCGGUUUGACAAGAGGGACAUGGACCGGCACAAGAACCCCACCAGGACCCUGGAUGUGGCCCUGCUCAUGGGGGCAGCCUUGGGGCAAUAUGCCAUUUCCUACUACUCCAUUGUGGCCAUCGUGGCCAGCACGCCAAGGGACACUAUCAGCGCACUCAACCUCACCUACGCCCUCCUCAUGAUCGCCCAGCACACCUUCCAGAACGUCUUCAUCAUCGAGGGCCUCCACCGGCAGCCCCCCAAGGAGGACUGCAAGCACGAGUCUCACCAGAAGGACCUCUACGGGCUCACCUUUGUGAACAUCAACGCCGUGUCCCUGCGGGUGCCCGACACUGGCACCACCUUGGCUGCCAGCGCAGCAGCUGGCACGGAAGCCAUGCACGCUUCUGACCUCAUCAGGUCCCUCACUGCCCCCAAGAAGAUGAACUGGAGGAGGAAGUUCUUGAGGGAGAUCUCCAUGUUCCUGCUGCUGAGCAAUAUCAUACUCUGGAUCAUGCCAGCGUUCGGUGCCCGGCCCCAGUUUGACAAUGACACAGAACUGAACUUCUAUGGCGAUUCCAUGUGGCCGGCCAUCGUGGACAUUUGCCUGCCCUUUGGCAUCUUCUACCGAAUGCACGCCGUGGCCAGCUUGCUGGAGGUCUACAUCAUGUCCUAAAGAGCUCCCUCGCAAGGAAGAUGAGAUCCUCCUCAAGCAAUCCACCUUCUUCCUGCCCCAGGGCUGGGAGCUGCCCAGAUGUCCCCAGGGGUCCCCAACACUGCCUGAAUCGUGUCCCCUUGCAGUGUUGGGGCAUUUAUGAACUGUCAGUGAAGAUGAUCCAAACAUAGUCCAGAUUUUAUUUUUGCUACUUGUGUGUG